AGCUUUACAAAAUCCCCAAAUUUUUUGUUGUUCAAUUUCCCAUAACACUACCUCUGAGAAAGAAGGACAACAUUACACAGAUAAUGGGAAGAACAAACACUGUCAGCUGAAAUGGCUGCUCCCCAAGCUGGUCAGCCCGUGUCAGUAACAGUGGGUGUUGUAUGGAAGUUGAAAUUGGAUCCUCCACCACCACAACCGCCACGACUUACAGUAUGGGCCACACUUGUGUUCACUGUUAUAACUGUUGCCCGGAUCGUCAUAGGUGUCAUGUACAGAAAUGAUUGCCCCCAGCAACCAUACAUCCCCAGCUACCUGCAAGGGAUGGCCAUCUUCAACCUGAUUAUGACAACAUGGAUGUCGUUCCCCUGGGACCCAGAGGGGAGGGGGCAGCAGACCCCAAAGAGCUGUAUCUGUGUCUCACUGCAGCUCUGGUUGGCUUUGUCAGGGUUCUGUUGGAUCAUUGCUGGAAAUGUGUGGAUCUUCUCUAUAUACCAACCCAACUACGACCCGACCCGUUCAGAUGGCCAGUACUGCAACAAGACCCUGUACACGUUUGCCUUCUGGAACGCAGUGCUUGAAAACUUGGCUUUGGGAGCGAUGCUAGCUAACUGCUGCAAAGGUCUGUUCUGUGGCAUUCUGCUAAAUGGACAACCACAGCCAGACAGAGACUUCCACAGGAAUGUCUGAAGGAGGGAUGGAACGUCUGAAGGAGGGAUGGAAUGUCUGAAGGAGGGAUGGAACGAGGCUCUUCUAUCGUGCUCUUGUCUUCUUAGCUUCACCAUAAUUUUGUAAAAGCGGUACAUUCUACUACUCUACGGGAUGAUUAUGGUUUUAAAAAGCAGUUUUUGUGAUACUUUCUCUUAGCUAUGUGUGUUUUGCAUCCACACACAACACCCUGCAAUAGGUACUGUUCAUAUAACACUGUUUUCCUGUUGUCCUAUUUUUUGGUGAUAAAGAAAAUCAUUUAAAAGUUGUUGCUGAUGAAUGUAUAGGUUUUAAUAUACACUGAGUGUACAAAAUGUUAGGAACACCUUCAUUAGUUGCAAUCCCUUUUGCCCUCAGAACAGCAUCACUUCAUCGGGGCAUGGACUCUACAAGGUGUCGAAAGCGUUCAACAGGGAUGUUGGCUCAUGUUGACUCCAAUGCUUCCCACAGUUAUGUCAAGUUGGCUGGAUGUCCUUUGGGUGGUAGCCCAUUCUUGAUACACACAGGAAACUGUUGAGCGUGGAAAACCCAGCAGCAUUGCAGUUCUUGACACAACCAAACAGGUUCGCCUGGCACCUACAAUCAUACCCCAUUCAAAGGGGCUUAAAUAUUUUGUCUUGCCCUAACAUUCCAUCUUCAACCUGACUCCUCCCCUUUAUCUACACUGAUUGAAGUGGAUUUAAAUUGUGACCUCAAUAAUGGAUCAUAUCUUUCACCUGGAUUCACCUGGUCAGUCUCAUGGAAAGAGCCGGUGUUCCUAAUGUUUUGUACACUCAGUGUAUUUUGACAUUGGUUAAAUUGUAUUAUAUCAAGGAAUAUAUACAGGUAACUGCCAGGAUGACGGCAUCACUUGAGUAAAUGAGGGAUACAAAGUACACUGCUCAAAAAAAUAAAGGGAACACUUAAACAACACAA